UCUUCUUUCCUUCUCUCUUUUUUCUUUUCUUUCCAUUCUUCAUUAAUUCCUUCUUUCCUAUCUUCCUUCUGCCCUGACCUCCUUUCUUACUUUGUCCCUUCUUUCUCCUCCCUUCCAUCCUUCCUACUCUUUAACCGUCUUCUUUCCUCCCUUCCAGUUUUUUUGGUUGCUUAUUUGCUCACUCCUCCUGCCCAAGUACAUGUAUUUUUUUUUUAAACCAGAUAAUGAUCAAACAUCAAACUAAGGAAGAAAUGUCUUUGCAAGUGCACAUGUCCAAACCUACAGUAAGUAUACAGAAGUGCUUUGAAUGUUUGCAAUGGAGAAGUGUCCCAGAACUCUUUGCAAACCUUAACUGACAUCACAGGAAGAGGUGCUGUACUGUCACUGUCUUUAGAGGAACUGUGUGCUAAAUAUAUUGUGAAAUAUAAGUGCAUAUCUUCAAAAAAAAAAAAAAAAAAAACAUCACUCAUUGUAUAACACAGUGAAGUGGGGUUAUACAUGCAGUCACCGAUGUGUUAUUGGCUACAGUACAUGCAGUGAGUAUUCCUGUUCUACUAACAGAUUACGAAAAUGCCGUUAUUUCAUAUUAAGAUACUGUGUGUUGAGCACAGUAUUAUAACUACUGUUACAGCAAUGCUCAUGAAUCUGUGAGAGCUCUUGUAGUAAAAAGCCGGAGCGUGCGCGCACGCACACACACUCUCGGGCGCGUGCGCGCACACAGAGCGCGUGAUGCUGGCAGCGCGGUACUUGACUGUCGGAGCUCCAGGUUGCGCAUCAUUCCACUUAUCUCUGGACACAGAGCCAUGAAGCUCAGGUCAGAGUAAGGAACUAACCGGAUAUCUCACCAACCCAGUCUGAGAACUACAGGAGGCUGCGCCUUCGUCCUGAGAACCGUUCCCCUACAUUUCCUGUGGUAUCUAGACAUUUCUCAGUCUUCUUGCACUGCGGACUAGUGGAAUGAGCUGCUUUUGUCCCGGUGUUGUUUCCUGUGCAGUAUGGGAACUGCCGUAUCCAAAAGAAAGAAUUUGAGGAACGAUGCCAUUUCUUCCGUCGCCGCAAAAGUUAGAGCAGCUCGAGCAUUUGGAGAGUACCUGUCGCAAAGCAACCCCGAGAACCGCAACGGAUCAGAUCACCUGCUGUCUGACACCUUUGUUGGCCAAGACUCUGAAUCUCCAAGCAUUAGCUGCCUGCACAAUAAUAACCAUCUGCAGCCGUACUCCAGAACAUCUCCCAUAGCCAAGCAGACGCAAGAUCAGCCAGAUCCGGGCCUUGCGCCAGUUCCUGUGUCCACCAGUGCCAAGCGUCGUCUCUCGGUGGAGCGCAGCCUCUCAUCUGAGGAUCAGCCGCAAUCCCAGCAGCCCCAACAGAGUUCAGUGAAGCCAGCACGUGUCUAUACCAUCAGCACGGAAGUUGGCAUGCUGGGGGCCAGGAGUAGUGAGGAGAGCCUGGAGCUUGAGGUCCUAAAGGGCCCCCAGGCUCGAACCAACCAACAGAGAACAAGCCAUCGCAGUGGUCAUGGCCACCACCAUCACGCUCCAUCUUCUCAGCCACUACAGAGCUCGGGAAGCGCACAUAACAUCCGGGAUUGGGGUUCGAGACGGAGUGGCUCGAAGGAGGACUGCCCACGGCCUCCGUGUCACAGCCAGCGCUCGCUUGACCUCGAUACGGUGCCAAGAGACAGCUCCAAGCAGCGCAAGAAACUGGAAAGGAUGUACAGUGAGGAUAGGGUGUCCACAGAGGACCGUGAAGAGCACACCAACAACUGGUUACCCAAAGAGAACAUGUUUAGCUUCCAGACUGCCACCACCACCAUGCAAGCGGCUUUCCGCGGCUUUGCUGACAGAAAGAGGAGGAAAAGAGAGCAGGAGGCCACCGCACUGAUGGAGAGAAACUUCCGGAAGCACCUGCGGAUGGUGGGCAGCAGGAGGAUGAAGGCCCAAUCAUUCGCCGAACGCAAAGCGAAGAGCUUCAGCCGCUCCUGGAGUGACCCUACACCCAUCAAGCCAGACUCGCUCCACGACUCCAGAGACAGUGGAGAUCUGCAGACGUCCUCAGGCACUCUGGAUGAGGGAGAGUAUGAUGAUGUGGAUUGGGAGGAGGAGAAAGAGCUGGAGCGGCUGGCCUGUGAAGGCGACGACUUCAUUCCACCCAAAAUCAUUCUGAUUUCAUCCAAGGUUCCCAAGGCGGAGUAUGUGCCCAACAUCAUACGCAGGAACGACCCGUCCAUCAUCCCCAUCCUCUACGACCACGAGCAUGCGACUUUUGAUGAUAUACUGGAGGAGAUUGAAAAGAAACUCACCGCCUACAGAAAAGGCUGUAAAAUCUGGAACAUGCUUAUCUUCUGUCAGGGAGGACCUGGGCACCUGUAUCUCCUGAAGAACAAAGUGGCCACGUUUGCUAAAGUGGAGAAGGAGGAAGACAUGAUUCAGUUCUGGAGGAAACUGGCUCGGCUUAUGAGUUUGCUGAAUCCUGAGCCCAAUCUCAUUCAUAUUAUGGGCUGUUAUGUGUUGGGCAAUGCCAAUGGAGAGAAGCUUGUGCAGAACCUCAAGAGGCUGAUGAGACCAUAUGUUGUGGAGUUUAAGAGUCCUCUGGAACUCUCUGCGCAAGGGAAGGAGAUGAUCGAGAUGUACUUUGACUUCCGUCUGUUCCGACUGUGGAAGAGCCGGCAGCACUCCAAACUCCUCGACUACGACGACCUUUUGUGACGUCUCGUCCUUUCUCUUUAGAGUGCCUAAGAGAGGCGCGUAGCUCCAUUUAGGGCCCUACCCUGGCUGUGUUCCCCUCUAGAGCCUCAGUGUGAAUGCUCUGAGCUGGAGGAACGUGAUGAGGAAGCAUGAAGACGGCUGUUUGAAUAGUUCGCUCUGACAUGCGGCUGAAGGCAGGAGAUUCAGCCAUUCCUAUAAGGUGGCAUUUGUAAACCCAGACCUUUUGAACUCUCACCUACGAAUGAGAGAUGUAAUUGGUAAUGGUGAUGGAUGGUAGGUUCAUAUUGAUCUUAAGGAUGUGUUUUAAGAGAAGUAGAUUUUUUUUUAAAUGGACGUCCCUGGAGAUGAAGCUAACAUAGCCACAUUUAUUAUUGAGUAGCUGUGUUGUAAUGAACCAACAGGGACCAUUUCCGGUCUUUCUGAUUCAGUCUUCUUUAGAAACUAGGUACUUAUAUGUUCUUUAUCAGGUAGAGACAGUAAAAUAAACAUUUUACUAAUCUCACAGGACUCCAUAUAGUACUGUAGUUGGGAAAUUCAUCAUAGUAUUCCUUACUUAUUCAGAGCAUUGAUAUUUUCUGACAUAUGGCCUGUUUUUUUUUCUGGAGGAGAACUCAGGUUUUAUCAAGUAACCUCCCUGACCUUUUUCUGCACUCCAAAAGAAAACAGGCUAGUAGACAGCAAUGAUUCAGAAAUAAUAACAGGAGUAAUGGGAGUUGCGGAAACAAGAGGUCAGACAAAAUAUAAUGUAGAAUUUCUAGUGUGUGUGUGUGUGUGUGUGUGUGUGUGUGUGUGCUAGAUUUCCAUAGAGUUAGAAGUUAGAUUUCGUAGUGGAGAUUUUCAGGCAUCUAACAUGAAUGCUUGAAUAAACUUGUUGCCAGAUUUAAACCGUUGUCUUUGUCAGAUGUAGGUAUGUGCCAAAAACUUAGUUAUAUGUUAUAUCACGAUAUUCAACAAUAUUGUUACUGGGGACAGCGCAGCAUUCGGUCCAGCAUGGUCUCAAACUUGCAAAUUCAAAACAAAUCAGAUAUGUAAAGUUGCAAUGCUUAAAGGAUAGAAUUAGUAUUUUUCAUCUUUUCUUACAAAUUUUAUUUGCAUGAGGUCAAGCUAAAUUAAAUAUUCCCCUUGAAUUUAUACUGGGAUCAGGUUCACACACUGAAGAAAAAAAAAAAAAAGUAAACUUUUGUAUCAACUUGUAACAAUAUUAUUUUUCCAAAUAUAAAAAAUAAGGCUAAAAAUUUGCUAGAUUUUUUGUUUGUUUACUUUGAUUCUAAAUGGCCACUGCAUGGAUCUUCUGAGACAAUGAUUUGGCUCAUUGGACAAGUGUUUAAUUAGAAAUUUAAGAAACCUUGAGAAAUUUGUUGCUGUAGUUCUCUAAUUCAAGUUUUUGAAAAUGAAAAGUUUAACUGUUAAAAUGCUGGCCAAUACAAUAUUGUGAUAAUAUCCUAUAACAUGAUAAAAACUUAGGUGAUUUAAGUGAUAAGAAAUGUAAUAUAGGCACAUACCCAGACAGAUGUUAAUAUUAGUUACAACUGUCUCAUUUUUUUGUGAUUAUUGAGGUGUAUUUUAAAGCUGAAAUUCAUCCAGACUGUUGAGUAAGUUUGCACCGAUAUUGUUGUAAAACUUCUCACACGUCUACAUGUGUACAUUUCUUCUUGUUCAGAUGUGUAUUGAUCCUUUGUUAAUGUAGACCUAUAGUGCCCUCCACUAAUAUUGGCACCCUUGGUAAAUAUGAACAAAGAAGGCUGUGAAAGACUUUAUUGUCUUUAUUGUUUAACCUUUUGAACAUAAAAUUCACAAAAAUACUCUGCUCUCAUGGAUAUCAAAUAAUUGCAAACAAAACACAGGUUUAUCCAAAAAUUAUCUUUGUUAAAUAUAGGAGUGCGACAAUUAUUGGCACCCUUUUUGUUAAUACUAUGUGCUACCUCCCUUUGCCAAGGUAACAGCUCUGAGUCUUCUCCUAUAAUGCUGAUGAGGUUGGAGAAUACAUGGCGAGGGAUCUGAGAUCGUUCCUCCAUACAGAAUCUCUCCAGAUCCUUUAAAUUUCGAGGUCCACACUGGUGGACUCUCCUCUUUAGUUCACCCCACUGAUUUUCUAUUGGUUUUAAGUCAGGGGACUGGGAUGGCAAUGGUAGGACAGUAAACCAUUUUUGUGUUGAUUUUGAUGCAUGUUUUGGAUCAUUGUCCUGCUGGAAGAUCCAACCACGGCCCAUUUUAAGCUUUCUGGCAGAGACAGUCAGGUUUUCAUUUAAUAUCUGUUGAUAUUUGAUAGAGUCCAUGAUGCCAUGUAUCCUAACAAAAUGUCCAGGUCCCCUGGCAGAAAAACAUUCCCAAAACAUUAAAGAUCCACCAUCAUAUUUAACCGUUGGCAUGAGGUACUUUUCCAUAUGGCUACCUUUCUGUGUGCACCAAAACCACCUCUGGUGUUUAUUGCCAAAAAGCCAUAGACCAUAGAACCCGAUCCCAUUUGAAGUUCCGGUAGUGUCUGGCAAACUGAAGACGCUUGAGACAAAUUUUUACAGCCUUCUUUGCUCAUAUUUACUAAGGGUGCCAAUAUUAGUAGAGGGCACUGUACAUCAAUGUAAUGUCAGAGGGAAGGACCUGAACUGAUGCUUGUUCAUAACAUAAGGUCAAAGCAUGCAAUUCUUCGCAAUACUUCUUUUAUGAUCAUAAGCAUUACCAACCAACUGUUACUGUGAUAGUUUUUAGAUCACGAUUUAAAGUUUUUCACCUUUUUUCGUUAAUUAUAGCAGCAAGAUUGGUGGUUUGUUUUAUGUGGACACAUCACUGUUUGCUUCUGUAUGCACACAAGCUAAACAUAAGUAAUAACAUAAAUAAAAUAUGACAGGCUGUGCAGUUAUAGGAAAAUAAUCAAUGGCUUAGUGACACCUGCCACGAAACAGAGCUAUUGUUACCACCCUGAAGUUGAUUGUUUUCCAAUAAUCGCAUGUUUCAAAGUGUUUUAUUCCUCAUGUACCACAGCAAUUCUCCAGUGUUGUGUGUUUUAUCAAUUUCUAUUUACAUUUAAUGUUGUGGAACAUCCAAAAACAAGUUAGUUCCUAUAAUCCUGUUUUAUUCUCUCUUUAAGUUAAUAAGAUCCUUCCUGAACACUUCCCUCUGUUUAAAAGCUUAGCUCCAGCUUUAUCUCUGACUGUUACAAAGCACUGACACUGGAGACUCCUUCCUUAAAUUUUAAACAGAAAACAGACAUGUUUUUAAUACAUUUGUGGAGUGGAGUGUCUGUGAUAGUAUAGAAAAACAAAAAACACAUUAGAACGAGCACAUUAAUAUAAAUUAAAUGAAAACCUUCUGACCAAUCAGGUUCGAGAAUUCAACAAUGCUGUGGUAUAAUCUGUAAUAAUACCCACCUGUGUAUUUGGUGUGCUUUGGUAAUUUUGGUCAAUCCUGUAAUAAGAGGACUACAUUUAAUCUGCUAGCUCAUUGACUCAUGUAUAGCAUUUUUUAUUUUUCCAGCACUGUGCAAUUUGUUUUUCUUCUGCUACUUGGUUGCAUUCCUGAUAUUUCCUUGUAUGUAAGAGCCAAGGAUAUGCAGGUCAACAUGAACAAUAGCACUGACCUUAAUCAGCUCGUUGGAGGCCUGGGCUCGGAGCCAUAAGGACUCAGCAAGAGACGUAGAACCAUCUGGGUGUUGGGCGCUAAUCUCUCGGACAGGACACUCUGUGACUGUGACUUACACACAUGCCUCACCUAGAGCUGGAGUGUGAUAUUACACGGAGUUCAUGAGAUUUAACGGAUCGUUAAAUGCUGGAAGUUAUUUCUGCGUCAUGAAGUUCAUCACCUCCACCAGCUUUCUGACUGAACUCUGAGCCCAGAGGAAGUUUUAAACCUGCAUGACUAAUUUGUCGUCGAAUUCACGGCUAUAUUUCGUAGCAAUAGACAUCGUGACAUUAACUGUAGAACAAUAUGUAUGUGUAAUAUGUUUUCAUGUGUAUCUCAGACUAUUGUUUAAUCAAUCACUGACACCGGUUUUACAAUAGAGUGUGUGAGAAACAUGUUUAGGAUCAGACUCAGGACAAAAAUGCUUAACAGAAAACAGAAGUAACUGUCAUUGUAGACGCAUUGCAUUAAUUAAUGUAACAUUACACUAAGGACACUAUUUAUUGUUCAGAAAUGUCCUUUGGUGAUUGUGAGAUUUAACUUUAGAAGGUAUUAUAAAUUAACUUUAUGAAUAUGUUAUUGAUACAUAGUGGUAACAGGGUAGUGUUCAUAGGGCUACAGAACACCUGCAUAAGCUUUUCAUGAGAAAUUAUAUUAACAUACAUAAAUGUUUGUAAAGUCUUAUUUCCUCAGUUGAAAAAAAACAAGGCUUUUUCAAUAUUGAUGUCAAGUCAUAACAGCUUUGUCAUGUGACUUAGAUUUUGUUGUUGAUAUAGGAUUAUGGUAUGACAAUUUUAGGACUGACUUAUUCUAAAUCUUAAAGACAAUUUGUAGUUCGUUGCACUUCUGGUAUGUCAGAGUCACAUAAUGGCAAUGGCACAACAUGCUCUAAUUUAUCAUCAGAGCAAAUAUACAUUACAUACCUGUCAUCAUGGUGUCUGGUUUUGCAACUGGGUAUCCAUAAAGAUCAUGUAAAUCAUCAAAUUAAAUUCACUUUACUUAAGGGACAAUGAAAACACACACACACACACACACACACACACACACACACACACACACACACACACACACACACACACACACACACACAUCUGCCAUUGUGUUAUAAUGGAAUUGUCAUAGUACACAUCACCUUAAUUUAAGAGCUUACGUUUAAAGUUACUUUCAUGAUGUGUUACGCAGCAGGUUUUCAAUGUCAGUGUCAUUAAAACCAAGUGCCUAGUACAGGAAACACCGAAGUGUUCAAUUUUCCAACUAACCUCCUUUAGCAAGCAAUGCCACAUCACCAUUAUGUGACUGUGACAUGACAACCUAACUUAAAGGAAAGCUCCACCUUGAACCGCAUUAAACAUGUUAUAUAUUAAAUAUCUUAGAGAUUUUGGUGCUAAUUUGUCGGUUGGUGCUGUAUUUUCAUUAUUGUCAUUAGAAGUUAGCAGUUGUCUACCAAUCUGUAGUCACGGGGGACAUCGUUGUUGCUAGUGCAGUUAAAGUGGUUGUUUAAAUAGAAAAUUUUCUGUUAUCUCAAACAGAAGGGAUAGCGGUCGGUUCUCAUUCAUCAUUUUCCAGUGAUGUUCAGUGUCACAUUCAUGAGAAAUCCAAUGUAGAAAUAAUGGAGACGGUAAAUAUAAGACUCAAAUGUUGGUUCCAGAAUGCAAUGGGACAGAGUGCUGAGUUAUGACAGGAACUCGCCUUGGCUAGUUAGUGAUCCAAGAUGAAAAGCACAAUGGUAUUAGCAUCAAUAGUAGCAUGAAAGCUAAAACUUUGGAAGCUGGACUGUUUGAGCAGAGUGUAUAGAUGGGGAGGUGAGAAAUCUGGACUGACUAAGGGACUAAAGCAUCGCUGCAUCACUCUCUUUAGGCAGAGAUAAAGCAAGAGCUAAAUCCCAUUGGCACCAAUAAACAACAGCUAGUCAAAUGGCAUUGUGUUUAAACCGUUAGCUGGUGUGAAAAUAGACAAACAUGUUGAUUAAAGACAUUUAAUGCAAACAAAGUCAACUCCACUGAACCACUCGAGUACUUAUUGAUGAUAAAUAUUUAUUUCGAGUGCAUUUUUUCCCCAAUAAGUGUCAAGCUUGCCACAACAAAAUCUAUGAAAACACAUUGUAUUACUGUUGAAAUAAGUCUUUGUAAAUGUCUAUAUAGGUUUACUGUAUGGGAGAGCUUAUUGAGGUGUCGUGUACUGUAUCUCUACGAACACUACCCACUUUACAAAGUAAAGCGUUACUUAUAUAGUUAAGGUUUGAUGUCAGUGAUGAUUGCAUACUGAUUUUAAGGGGUCGGGCUUUAUUUGUGAUGAAAUGGGGGUGAAAUGUGCAUAGCAAAAAAGUUCACGCUAAUGUUCAAGGUUAGGAAAGAAGUCACACUGAGGUCCUUUUGACCGUCUGAUUGCGUCUCGGAAAAGUGGGCUGUAAUGAUUCAUAUCAAAUCAUUUCUUAUGGGCGCCUUGAAUAAUCCAAUCGCAAAUGAAACUGUUUGCAGGAGGCAUGAAGACUAAGGUCUUUUUGAUUGGCCCAUUGCCAUAUCGUUCUUUUCUAAAUGACUCCAGGGAUUAUGAUUGGAUUAAAUCACGACUGAUUGACAGCGUCAUGAAUGAGCUGUAUGGUGUGAGCUCAGAGAGAUGAAAAGUGAGGAGUCAAGGGCACUUUGAAUGGUCCAGUGUUGAACUAAGUGACUCCUCUGGUAAUUUUGAUAUUUUAGAGAACAAUUAGCUAACUCAUGGUUUAUAUCUUUAGUAGUCCAGUAUAUUUAUUUAUUUAUUUGAGAAAUUGUAUUAAACUCUACAGAUUUGCUGUAACGCUGUACUUACACAGUUGAAGUGGAUGGUUUUACCUUGUCCUGUAGCAGUACAGCACUGAGCAUUAAAAAUGUUUCUAAAAUGGAUUUUUCAGUAAAAAUCUAGGUUGCAGUCUA